AUGGGAGGAAACUACACACAGCCCAGAUUCAUCCUCCUGGGAAUUACAGACACUCCCUGGAUGCAAGCCCCUCUUUUUGGGCUCUUUCUGCUGAUUUACAUUGUCACUUUGGCAGGCAACAUCGGGCUGAUGCUCUUGGUUUGGGCGGCUCCCAGCCUCCACACCCCCAUGUACUUCUUCCUCGCCCACUUUUCCCUGGCCGACGUCUGCUAUUCCACUGUCACCUCUCCCAAAAUGCUCACGGACCUGUUAUUUGGGGACAAAACCAUUUCCUGGGCCGGCUGCGUGGCACAGUUCCACCUCUUCGCUCUCUUUGUCACGGCCGAGUGUCACCUGCUGGCGGCCAUGGCCUACGACCGGCACGUGGCCAUCUGCCACCCCCUCAGGUACGCGCAGGCCGUGUCCCCCCGGGCCUGCUGGCACAUGGUGGCCUGGUCCUACCUCGUGGCCUCCCUCAGCGCCCUCCUCUACACUGGCUGCACCUUCGGGGGCUCCUUCUGCGGGCGCCGCCACGUCGACCACUUCUUCUGCGACGCCAGCCCCGUGCUGAGGCUGGCGUGCUCCGACACCCGCGGCUGCGAGCUUGCCAUCUUCGCCCUGGCCACCUCCAACGGGCUGGGCACCGGCGGGGCCAUCCUGCUCUCCUACGCCCGCAUCCUGCACGCCGUCCUGGGGAUGCGCUCGGUGCCCAGCAGGGCCAGAGCUUUCCGCACCUGUGCCGCCCACCUGGCGUCCGUGUCCGUGUUCUACGGCACCCUGUUCUUCAUGUACCUGCAGCCGGCGUCCCGGCAUGGCAGUCGGGACAAGGUGGCCUCUGUCUUCUACACUGUGGUCAGCCCCAUGCUCAACCCUUUCAUCUACAGCCUGAGGAACAAGGAGGUGAAGGUAGCGCUGGGGAGGUGCAGGAGGAGGGUGUUAGACCUCUGCCGGCAUCAGAGAGCUGCAGCUCGUGGCAUCAGGGAAUCCUGGAAUGCUUUGGGUUGGAAGGGACCUUAA